AUGCAGGAUCACAAAUCAGACAAAGAAAGUGGCCAAGAAUCUUCAGUUGAAGUUCAAGUAACGCUAUUAGAUGGGGGGCAAGAAAAUAUCUGCAUUUCUGAAAGAUGUCUUGGUCAGGAACUAUUUGCCUUGGUCACAAAAAAGAUCGGUGUUUUUGAAUACGAGUACUUUGGAUUACUGUACUGUGAUUUCGAGGGCAAUAAAUGUUGGAUUGAUAAUAAUAAACCACUAACAAAAGCCUUAAGGAAUUCAAGUACAAGACCACUGGAGUUCUUAUUUGCUGUUAAAUUUUUCACACCAUACCCAAAUCUUCUGGAAGAUGAUUUAACACGGUAUUAUAUGCACUGCAGAUCAGAAAUGACUUCUUUCAGGGUCUAUUGCACAGCAACCGUAACACUAGUCUUCUUUUGGCAGCAUUCAUUGCACAAUCUCAAUUGGGUGAUUUUCAGGAGACAGAAUGCAGAUCUUACGCCUAUUUGA